AAAAUAAAACUUGAGUGCUGCCGACUGGUGAGUGAGAUUUCCAAUUUCCUUUCAACUUGAUGAUUCUUUCCGCGUUAGCUCAUUCUCAACUUUCAUUAAUCAAAUCACCAAAUCUCUUUCCACACUCUCUUCUUCUUUCACUCAAAUCUAAAAAAUUUCCCAAAAUCUGACAAAACAUCAUCAAAGAAACAAAAACACUUCAAAAUUCAGAUCUACACAGCAACAUAAAAGGAAACAAAAUCAACAUUAAUUUCCUCAAAAAUGGCGGGGAUACCCUUUACUUCACUUUCUUUUUACCUCAUUUUCGCUAUUUCAAUUUUCAAUCUUGCACACUGCAAGACCCUUAAACGUGAUGUUAAAGCUUUGAAUGAGAUCAAGGCUUCUCUUGGUUGGAGAGUAGUUUAUGCUUGGGUUGGUGAUGAUCCUUGUGGUGAUGGUGAUCUUCCUCCUUGGUCUGGUGUUACUUGUUCUACUGUCGGUGAUUAUCGUGUUGUCACUGAGCUUGAGGUGUAUGCUGUGUCGAUUGUUGGACCUUUUCCUACUGCUGUUACCAGCUUGUUGGAUCUUACACGCCUGGAUCUCCAUAAUAACAAGUUGACAGGUCCUAUUCCUCCUCAAAUUGGUCGGUUGAAGCGUCUUAAAAUACUGAAUUUGAGGUGGAACAAACUACAGGACGCUAUUCCUCCAGAAAUCGGCGAGCUUAAAAGUUUGACACAUCUAUACCUAAGCUUCAAUAGUUUCAAGGGUGAAAUCCCCAAGGAGCUAGCAGAUCUUCCUGACCUUCGUUACCUUUAUCUUCAUGAAAACCGUUUGACUGGAAGACUACCACCAGAAUUGGGCACUCUGCAAAACCUUCGGCACUUGGAUGCUGGUAACAAUCAUUUGGUAGGUACCAUAAGGGAACUCAUCCGUAUUGAAGGUUGCUUUCCAUCACUACGCAAUUUAUAUCUGAACAAUAACUAUUUUACUGGAGGAAUACCUGCACAACUUGCUAACUUAUCCAAUCUUGAAAUCUUGUACCUGUCGUACAACAAAAUGUCAGGAGUUAUACCAGCUGGCGUUGCUCAUAUUCCUAAAUUAACAUACUUGUACUUGGAUCACAAUCAGUUUUCAGGGAGAAUUCCUGAACCCUUUUACAAGCAUCCAUUUUUGAAAGAAAUGUACAUCGAGGGAAAUGCAUUCCGGCCUGGUGUCAACCCUAUUGGUUUGCACAAAGUGCUUGAAGUUUCUGAUUCAGAAUUCCUUGUUUAAUGAAACUCAAAAGUUUUUUUUUUUUUCUUUCAGAAAGUCUAAAGUGUAUAAUUAUUGAAACGAUAGUUCCUUAUAUUAUAUAUCUCAAUGAAAUAGCCAAAAUAGGUAUUUCAAUUUUUUUGCCAAAGCUAUCUUGUCACAAUAAACAAUAGUUUCUUAAGUUUAUUAUUUAUGAUCUUUUCACGUA